GACGAAAGACGGGAGAGAGGGAGAGAGAGGGAAAGAGACAGAGAGAGGGAGGGAGGAAAAGAUACCUAGUGGAGAUGCAAGUCGCUGCUGAAGAUUCGCAACACCAAGCAAGUCCUCAACCGCACCUCCCCCUCCCAUAUUGCGCUCGCACAGAAAACAUGUUUGUGUAAUGCCGGAGAUAUACAGUGAUGUGAAUAUCUCUCACAGACUGCUUUAAACAGAGAAGAAUAACGCAAACAAAGAAGUCCUCGCUUGCUUCCAGGAGUCGGACGCGGCGUUGCAAACACACACAAGGGAUCCGGGAUUUUGGGGAAUUUCUUCAGACAGCGCUCAUGGAUUUCCCAAAUGACUCCAGCGGGUUUGUUGACCCCAGACACUUCCGUCUGUACAACGAGUCCCUGUUCCAGAACAACUUUAGCGCGUAUAACGAGACUGACAGCUUCUUCCCUAGGGGCGUCAAGAUCACCAUUGCCGUGGUCUAUAUGAUCGUCUGCGUGGUGGGGCUCGUGGGAAACUGUUUGGUCAUGUACGUCAUCAUCAGGUAUACCAAGAUGAAGACAGCCACCAACAUUUAUAUCUUUAACCUGGCGCUGGCUGAUGCUCUGGUAUUGGCUACGCUUCCGUUCCAGGGCACCGAUGUGUUCCUCGGUUUCUGGCCCUUCGGCAAUGCCCUGUGCAAGGUUGUUAUCUCCAUCGAUUACUAUAACAUGUUCACCAGUGUUUUCACCCUGACCGUGAUGAGUAUGGAUCGAUAUGUAGCCGUGUGCCACCCGGUCAAAGCCCUGGACAUGAGGACUCCCCACAAGGCAAAGGUGGUCAAUAUCUGCGUGUGGGUCUUGGCCUCGGCCAUAGGGGUCCCGGCUAUGGUGCUCGGAGAUGUGGAGGAAGACCAUGGCAUCGAGUGCAUCUUAGUUCUGCCCGACCCUCGCAGCUACUGGGACCCUGUGUUCGGCACAUGCGUUUUCCUUCUCUCCUUCCUGAUUCCUGUGGCGAUCAUCAGCGUGUGCUACAGCCUGAUGGUCAAACGUCUCCGGAGCGUCCGCAUCUUGUCCGGCUCCAAAGAGAAAGAUCGCAACCUUCGGCGCAUCACACGCAUGGUGCUGGUGGUGGUCGCCGCCUUCGUAGUGUGCUGGACGCCAAUCCAGAUUAUGGCCCUGGCCCAGUCGUUGGGCUUCAAUUUAGGCAGCGUCCAGACGGUCGUGUUAAUGCAUUUCUGCAUCGCUCUGGGCUACGUCAACAGCAGCCUGAACCCCGUCCUCUACGCAUUCCUGGACGAAAACUUCAAACGCUGCUUCCGGGAAUUCUGCCACCCAUCGCCGUUCGGCCUCGACGCUCAGCAGUCAGGCCGCAUGCGCAACAUCGCACGCGAGGUUGCCUACAACUGCAAGACUGCGGAUGGGAACAGUAACCCCGCAUGACUAGGCGUGGAGCUGCCCCUGGUCAGCCCAGAGCCACGACCCAAUCCAGGGACAGGAAACUCAAAUUCUGAGCUCACUCAGAUAACAACUCUCUAGCACCAUCGUCACCUCCGCCAGGUGGGCGGGGGAAAGGGUCGGGCUAGGAGUGAGGGCGGGGUCAAGUUAAUUGACACGCCCUUUUAGGGACAAAGGGGCUCAAUUUACAGUGUCUUAAUUGGAUUUGGAUGUCCUCGUCUAGAUUAAUCAUUUUGUUCUUAUUACACGUCGUUGUUUAAUGUCGCAGACUUGUAUAGAUGCUUUUUUGUGUCAUUCUUUACAACAAUCAACAUUUCUAUUUGAAGACAUGGCCUUAAACAAUCAGAACCUGUGGGUAUCUGCCCUUUUUGUGGUAUUGCCAAGUGCUGGACUGUACUAAGUACAACAUAUACUGUAUGAAGACUAUAUAUUGUAUAUAACCAUAUACAGUUAAUGAGACAAACGCUACAGAGACUUAUGAAGCCUGAUUGUUAUUUUCCAAAAGUUGCUAUUUUUCUUGGUUGGACUGUACAUACAGCGAAAAUAUUUCAUAUUAUGUAUAUUGAGUAGCACAGGUUUAAUUUAGAAAAUAUUUGUAAAGAAACCUAUUGCUGUAUUGUUCUGUAAUAUAAAUGUGCAUACAAUGAAGUCAGUCGCGUUUAUGGCUUAGCAUUGUUGAAGAUGUCAGUCAGCGUUACCUCCAUGAACUUUUCUCGAAUGUUUUGUGCUCCGCUCGACAUCUUGUUUUUUAACGACACACGGACUCUUGGCUAAAGAGACAUACAAGAAAGAGCCAGCACUACUGUACAUUGGGUUUACAUCAAGACCAUUGAAUGUGAAAAGAUGCCAAAUUUAAAUGAAAAAAAUAUAUUAAAAGUGUCAGUGAAAUAUAGAGAUAUUGUAUAAUUCAGUCAGUGCUUCUUCCUGUAAACUCUAACUUGAUAUUGUGUUGGUUUGUUGUUUAUUUGUUGGUGUUUAUUGACUUGUUUACUUGAUGCAUUGACUGGCUGAUCAUUUAAUCGCAUAUUUAUUUACAGGUAAAAUUAUAUUCUGAUGGACUGAAAUGAAAUGCCAACUAGUGCUAUGGAUGUUUACAGAAUCUAUAUCUAUUAAAGAGCAGUUAUGAAAAGGAACUUUCUUUGUCACGAUUGUUGUCAAAUAUAAAUGAGGACAAGAUAAACAACACAGACUAUAUCGAUAGACUAUAAUUGUGUCAUUCUUUAUUUGCUUUGGCAAGUUAAAAUAAAUUUUAAAUGCUAGUAAAUCAUAAAAUGUUUGCAUGUUUGUAUUAUGUAUUGAAGUGAACUUGAUAGCUUUGCACAACAUGAAACCUGUAAGGCUUAAUUUAUUUUUCUAUUUGUUAGAAAGCACAAAGCUGUGUUUAUGUUACAUUAUUUUGGUCACUAGAUUGUCUCUUGGGUGAAAGCUCAUUUUUUGUGUGUACUGUAAUGAUGGUAGCGCUGUAAUUCUUUACGUCCCUUACCAUAGAUAGAAACACCAUCGGUUAGGACAGUCUCAUAACCCUUAGACCACAUUUUACUCCUUCAAUCUGUGCUGGACAUGUUCAGAGGGACGUUCAUACAUUAUUUACAAAACUCCAGUUCAGCUUCACCAUAGCUGCACUCAGUGCCUGUAUGUUUAAUACUUAAUGCAUAUACUUCUCAAUGCAGCAACAAGUGUGGUAUAGAAUUUAAGCACACAGCAAAUAAAUAAAUACUGUUUUUCACCCUCAAAUCAGAUGUUUUCCAGCAGGUAUAACAGCAGUCUAGACAGCUGUAGGUACACACAUGUACCUCAUUGUACCAAAAGUGUUACCUUUCAAAUCAAACGGCUCCUAAAAUGAGACAUAUGCCCAACUCCAGCAAGCACUCGCUCCUGUUGCAUUUCAUCAAUAUUUGAUGUUUUCAUUUCCAUUGCCAUGGCAACAUGAUUUCCCAUCCCCGUCUAAUUUCCCAUUUCGGUACUGUAUGUUUUGAGAAUAUAUUUAGGCCUGUGAUCACAUUAGACGUAGGUGUCAAGCAUGUUAAUCUCAAAACAUACUUUUUGUGUUUUAUAUGUAUG